AUGACAACUAAAACCCCUAAUAUCAUGGAAAAAUAUGAAAAUCUAGGGCUGGUUGGUGAAGGUAGCUACGGUAUGGUGAUGAAAUGUCGACAUAAGGAGACUGGGCAGCUAGUAGCUAUCAAGAAAUUCCUUGAAAACGAAGACGAUAAAAUGGUCAAGAAGAUCGCAUUUCGUGAAAUAAAAAUGCUCAAGCAACUUCAUCAUGAUAACCUUGUGAAUCUAAUUGAGGUUUUUCGUCGAAAAAAACGUCUUUACCUUGUCUUUGAGUUUGUUGAUCACACUAUUCUUGACGAUCUAGAACGGUUUCCACAAGGCUUAGAUGAAUUGCCCACGAAGAAGAUCCUCUAUCAAGUUUUACGAGGGGUAGAAUUCUGUCAUUUGCAUAAUAUUAUUCAUCGUGAUAUCAAACCAGAAAAUGUGCUUGUCAGUCGCUCUGGGGUCGUAAAACUAUGUGAUUUUGGGUUUGCAAGGGCCUUGGCUGCUCCUGGCGAAGCAUAUACGGAUUAUGUUGCGACUCGAUGGUAUCGUGCACCUGAACUCCUUGUUGGAGAUCCCAACUAUGGAAGCAACAUGAGUUGGUAG